CACGGGGCUGCGGAGCUGCUGGCGCGGCGAGGAGUGCCCCGGGGACGCGGCCCUCGCGGCACCGCCGGUGCUCGGCGCCGCCGGCCGCCAUGGGGGAGCAACCAAUCUUCAGCACCCGAGCUCACGUCUUCCAGAUUGACCCAAACACUAAGAAGAACUGGGUUCCCACCAGCAAGCAUGCUGUUACUGUGUCCUACUUCUAUGACAGCACAAGAAAUGUCUACAGGAUAAUAAGUUUGGAUGGCUCAAAGGCAAUAAUAAAUAGCACUAUCACCCCCAAUAUGACAUUUACUAAAACAUCUCAGAAGUUUGGCCAGUGGGCAGACAGCAGGGCGAAUACAGUCUAUGGCUUGGGAUUUUCAUCUGAACAUCACCUUUCAAAAUUUGCUGAAAAAUUUCAGGAAUUCAAAGAAGCUGCACGACUAGCAAAGGAAAAAUCCCACGAGAAGAUGGAGCUAACAAGUACACCAUCUCAAGAAUCAGCUGGAGGCGAUAUUCAGUCUCCUUUAACACCGGAGAGUAUUAAUGGGACAGAUGAUGAGAGAGCGACGCCAGAAGUGACGCAGAACUCAGAACCAAGGGCUGAACCAACCCAGAACGCAUUGCCAUUUACCCAUAGUUCAACAAUCAGCAAGCACUGGGAGGCAGAACUGGCCACACUCAAGGGUAAUAACGCUAAGCUCACAGCAGCCCUGCUGGAGUCCACUGCCAACGUGAAACAAUGGAAACAACAACUUGCCGCGUAUCAGGAGGAAGCAGAACGUCUUCAUAAGCGCGUGACUGAGCUGGAGUGUGUGAGCAGUCAAGCCAAUGCUGUCCACACACAUAAAACAGAAUUAAACCAGACAAUACAGGAGUUAGAGUCUACACUGAAGAAAAAAGAAGAGGAAAUAGAAGGAUUGAAACAAGAAAUCGACAAUGCCAGAGAGCUCCAGGCACAGAGGGAUUCUCUGACUCAGAAGUUACAGGAAGUAGAAAUUCGAAACAAAGACCUGGAAGGCCAGCUGUCUGAUCUAGAGCAACGUCUGGAGAAAAGUCAGAAUGAGCAAGAAGCUUUUCGCAAUAACUUGAAGACACUUUUAGAAAUUCUUGAUGGAAAAAUAUUUGAACUAACAGAGUUACGAGAUAACUUGGCCAAGUUAAUAGAAUGCAGCUAAAGAAAAUGGGAUUUCAGUGCCAAUCAGCUUAAAGAUGCACUGUCUCUCUUCAUAGGACUGCGUUGGGCUCUGCAUCAAAGUUGCACAAAAUUAGAAAACGCUCCUCCGAGAGGGCUUGGUUUAAAUUUGAGUCAUAUCCCCAUGUAAAAUUUAAAACUCAGCCUGUAGCCAGUUGAAGGGGGGGGAGGGGAUAAAAAAAAGACAACCAAACAGAAAAAAAAACCCAAAACCAACAACAAACAAACUGGAAUUACAGAUUACCUCCUUGUACAUUAUUGGCCACAUAUGACUUGAAAGAUAUUAAUACAAUUGAAUGCAAUCCUUUAUCUGAUUCUCAAUGAUGGAAGAAUUAGCAGUGUCCCAGGUCACACCCCCUUUUUGUGGUAGACACAGUGUAGGUCACUCUCUGCUUUAUUUAUUUAAGGUACCUGAUUGCGGCGUUUUGUGCAAGAACUCAGUGCUGCCAGCCCUGUGUUUCGUUGUUAAUAAUUUCUCAGGAUUUGCACUGUGGAGAAGCAGUGCCAUUACCAAUUUAUUCUUGCCAGGAGUGAGAGAGAGUUGCAUCUUUAAUUGAAACAAAGUUAAUAUAACUGCUUGUAUAAAAGUUCUUCCUUUUGAA